AUGCUCAUUAACUCUCUACUAUUACUAGUACUCGUAGUCGCUUUCACUCUCAGCCUCGCCUCCCUUUACUUGUUAACAUUGCUUUUCUCUCUUCCUCCUCACAUAUUGUCGACUACGCUUGAUAAAGCUACUGCUGCGAAGGCUAUGCUGGAUAUGUUACACCACUUAUUGCCUCAGACAGAAAACGAUUAUAAUAAUUAUGCCCUCGGAAGUAUUAAUGGUCAUAAUAUUGUGGUGGCCUGUUUACCAUCCGGUGUAUAUGGAACAAUAGCCGCCUCAACGGUGAUAUCUCAGCUGUGCUCCACCUUUCCAAGGAUUCAGUUUGGAUUGAUGGUUGGAAUCGGAGGGGGAGUUCCUAGUGCUAGGACUGACAUUCGCCUCGGCGACGUUGUAGUGAGCAGGCCAACGCCUACUUCCUGUGGCCACACAGGCUCUCUCAAUAAACCCCCCCGAGUUUUAUUAACCGCCAUCUCUCAGAUUCAGAGCGAUGAUAUAAUGGGGAACCGACCGGUUCACGACAUAAUAUCGAGUACCUUGCUCAAGAACCAAGCAAUGCAGGAACAGUUCUCUCGACCAGAAGAAGAUCUAUUAUUUCAUGCUCAAUAUACCCACCAGGCGGGCGCCCUAGACUGUUCCAACUGUGAUCGUGGGAAGGUUAUAAAAGAUGCUACUACCCGCGAUACCAUUGCGCAAGAGAGUGGCCUCGGUGUUCUCUGUUUUGAAAUGGAGGCGGCUGGUCUAAUGGACCAGCUACCGUCUCUUGUGAUCCGCGGUAUCUGUGAUUACAGAUAUGCCGCCAUUGUGGCUGCUGCCUCUGCUAAGGCUCUCUUAUCCGUGGUUCCGGUCCACUACCACCAUCAACACAAGCUGAAAUUACGCAAAAUGAAGGGGGAAACCUGGAUGGUUCCUUUCAGAAAGAACCCGCUUUUCAUAGGCCGCGAUUCCGAAAUUGCAGAACUUGAGGGACGCAUUGAGAAUUCGGAGGGACCGUCCAAGGUUGCGAUCUGUGGGUUGGGUGGAGUUGGAAAGAUCCAAAUUGCACUUGAGCUGGCCUAUCGUUUACAGAGCAGGUACUCAGAUUACUCAGUUUUCUGGAUUCCAUGUACGAGCCACGAAAGUAUGGAACAAGCCUACAUGGAUCUGGCACAGAUAUUAGGAAUUUAUAAUAUAAAGCCUGCAGAGGCGAAAAACAGCGUGAAGGCUUAUUUUAGCCAGAGAAAUGGACGAUGGCUUCUAAUCUUUGAUAAUGCGGACGAUAUAGAUAUGUGGAUCCAAAGUUGCACCGGUAACGCCAACCCAGUGCUGGUCGAUUUUCUGCCUCAGAGUGAUCAAGGCCGUAUUCUAUUCACGGCUCGGACUCGGAAGCUAGCUGUAAAGCUGGCGUCCUCUAAUGUGAUAGAUAUUUCCGAGCCCGAUAUAGUAGAAACUGCCACGAAAAUCCUUGGCAGUCUAUUGAUUAAGAAAGGUUUACUUGAUGACAGGAUUGCAACCAAGGCUCUGAUCGAACGGCUAGCCUUUCUUCCUCUUGCAAUAGCCCAAGCAGCGGCAUAUUUCAAUGAAAAUGAUAUUGUGCUUAGGGAAUACGUUACGCUCCUGCAGGAACCGGAGCCAGAGGUGAUUGAGCUGCUGAGCGAAGACUUUGGAGAUGGGGAGCAAUAUAAAUACGCGAAUCUCGUUGCUACUACCUGGUUAAUAUCAUUUCAACAGAUUCAAAGAUUGAACCAGUUAGCAGCAGAGUAUCUAUCAUUUAUGGCAUGUAUAAGUCCCCGCGAUAUCCCACAGUCAUUGCUUCCUUCGGCCAUAUCAAAAAAGGAGAAGGUUGAAGCAAUCGGCCUCCUUAAAGGGUUCUCAUUCAUAAAUGAGCAGGCCGAGGGUCUCCUGAGCCUCCAUCGACUCGUAUAUUAUGCAACUCGAAACUGGAUGAGAAAGAACCAACAGCUUGACCCAUUUAUUCAGAAAGCUGCAGACCAGCUCAGUCUUGUCUUUCCAACUGAAGAGCAUAAUAAUCGAAAAUUGUGGAGACAGUAUCUACCUCACGCUGUAGCAUUGAUUAGUCAACGUGAGUUCUGGAAGCAACAGAAAAUAUGUGCUACAUUGCUCGGAAAGGUCGCGUUGUGUCUGUAUCGGAAUGGAAGAUAUAGUGAAGCAGAAGACCCAGUGUUACGGGCAAUGGACAUCAACAUACAGAUCCUAGGACGGGAAAAUACUUCUACUCUGGAUAGGAUGGCUAGACUUGCAUGGAUAUACAUGAAGCAGGGCCGAUGGAAGGACGCAGAACAACUACAAGUAGACGUGCUGGCGGCUGGUAAGAGAGUUCUAGGACCAAAGAAUCCUGAUACUCUGACCAGUAUGUCUGACUUAGCGUGCACUUACCGUGAGCAAGGUCGAGAGGAAGAAUCAGAAAAACUACAGAUACAGACGCUGGCAGCCCUCAAGGAGACACUAGGACUAGAAAAUGCAGAAAGAAACUCUGACAAGCGCUGGAAAGAAGCAGAGGACCUUGAGCUGCGAGUUAUAAAGCUCCGUAAGCGAGUACUACGUUCAGAUCAUCCAGACACAGUGACUGCCAUGAACAAUAUGGCAAUUAUAUAUGGUGGGCAGGAUAGAUGGACGGAGGCAGAAGAACUUGGGGCACAGGUAAUAGAGGCACGAAAAACCAUCCUUGGUGAAGAACAUCCUGACACUUUGGCAAGCAUAGAUAUUCUGGCGUGGCUGCACUCGGGUCAGAGACGAUGGAGGGAUGCAGAGGAGCUAGAGAUUCAGAUCUUAAAGACCCGCGAGCGUGUACUAGGGCCAGAGCAUCCAGACACAUUGGCCACUAUGCACGAUCUAGCCCUUACUUUGAAAUCUCAACAGAAAGUUAGAGAUGCUUUGGCCUUAAUGGAAAACUGUGUUACGCUCCGGAUAAGGUAUUAG